AUGAGCAUCGGAAAAACGGAGGCAUCGAACGUGAGUAACAUCGUCAAAGCUGCCUGCCAUGAAGCCACUUCUGUCACAAUCAUACAGCCACAGCCAAGCAGUCAUGGCAAAGUGGUCAAGCUCUCUGUGAUCGAUCAAAUCGCACCUAGGGACUACAUCUCGCUCUGUCUGUUUUUCAAACUGUCUCCAGAUGCGGAUAUCAGAAGUAUUUUCCGUGUUCUUGAGAUGGCUUUGAUCAACACUGUAGAUGAUAUCCCGGAGCUUGCGUGCUGUGUGCAGAAAAAUACUUCCAACGGUCGCGAGGAGGUUCAACUUUUAUUCGACACCAGCAAGGGUGUUGAGAUCCAUUACAAAGACUAUACAUCACCAAAACUCCGUGAUUUAUGGAAAUUUGGCACUUUCGACCAACUCGAGCAGGAUCAUUUCCCCCUCAGCAAGAUGCCAAGACACGUUGUUUUUGGAACCUCCGCCAAGCUGGAGGAGAACGUCACUCUUCCAUCGCUUAUUGUACAAGCUAAUUUCGUACCCGGGGGACUCAUACUCGGAAGCUGCCUGCACGUGAGUAUCCGCUCUCAUGUGUCUGGUGAUGGCAUCUGCAACUUUCUGUGGCACAAGACCAUGGGCGCGCACUUUGCGACUAUAGCCGAUGGGCUACUUAACAAACCUACCUCCCCGAUCCCAUUCUUGGAGAGAAGCCGUGUGGUUGAAGGCGACCAGGGCAUGACUCUGGAAGAAUUCCCCAACUGGAAACUUGCGGAAGACGCCUCCAGUUUUCUCAAUCCCACCGAUUACGAAGCUAGCGAAAUUCCCACAUUUGAAUAUGCUACUUACUUCAUCUCUGCCGAAAAGCUAGCCUUGCUCAAGAGCCGCGUCUCGAUCAAAGUUCCUGAUAUCAGGCUUAGUACAACCGACAUUUUGGGCGCAUUUCUCUGGCGUCAAGUCGUCUCAGCGAGGAAAAUUGAUCCUCAAAAGUAUCCCGAGGCCAAACUCUCUAUCACUGUUGAUAGUAGGGGCCGGAUGGAGAACCCAACAGUUCCACCAAAUUAUUGGGGCAACUUUGCGGAACCAAACGCUGUAGCAAAGCUACCCGUUGCCAGCCUUCAAAAGGGGUCACCAGCAUCAUCAUCAUCGACAUCAGAAAGGGCCUGGGCCACCAUCUACCCAGAGGCGGCGCGCCGUAUCCAUGGAGCUAUCGCUGCAGUCAACGACAAGGCAGUUAGACGUCUCGUUGGUCUCCUUAAUCAAAUGCCCAAAGCUACAACGCUGACGUGGAACGUUGACCGCUAUCCUGGUCCCGACAUGCUCAUUGUCUGUAUCCAGGCCCAUAGGUUCAAUGAAAUCUACUUUGGGCGUGAAAUUGGCUACCCUUUGGCAACGCGUUGCACCGUCGGCGACACUGAGGGCAAGCCUGAUGGUCGUUGUAUGAUUCUGCCGCCACGCCGUGCAGACGGCCGAGGCCUUGAGAUCAUGCUGCAGUACGAUAAGAUCACACUGGAAAGGCUGGAGAAUAACAUCGAAUUCAAGGAUUUCUUUGUACGCAGAAAUUGA